CAAGAAAAUGGCCUUCAAGAAUCAUUCUUCGAGAACAGUUUCUACUUCUUCUUCACUUCCUUUCAGAUUCACAACAAUCAUUACACUACUACUCAUCUUCUAUACCUCUUACUACAUCUUCUUCUCACAGCUCGAUCACUCUCCAUUGACUUCUUCAGCGGAAAAUCCUCCCUUCGCUGGAGAUCUUCGAGACCUAACAUCCCCUUGGAACAAACUCUCUUUCGGACCAAUCUCCCAGAAACUAAAACUCGCCGUCUUCUGCAAAUCAUGGCCCGUUGGUUCGAUCCCCGGAGGAAUGGAGCGUCACGCAUACACUCUCUACACUUCUCUCGCCUCAAGAGGCCACGAGGUUCACGUCUUCACGGUUUCUUACGACAGAAGUAACCAUCAUAAAAACCAAGAAGAGUAUUACAACAAAGGAGAUCUACACAUCUACUUUGCUCCAAACGAAAACGGUGGACUUAACAUCUCUCAUGCUUUCGAGAUCUUCCACAGAAUCAACGGUGUAGAUCGUCCUUUCGACUAUGUUCACACCGAGAGUGUUGCUUUACCUCAUUGGCGAGUCAAGAUGGUGCCUAAAGGUGACGUGGCAGUGACGUGGCAUGGGAUUUGGUACGAGAUUAUGCAUUCUAAGCUUUUUGAAGAGCUUUAUUACUCGAAUGAUCAUCCUAUCUCCGAUCUUGAUCACACAAUGCCUAGACUCGUCGAUGAAAUCAGAUUCUUCCCGGCUUAUAAACAACACAUUUGCAUAAGCAACAGCGCGCGUGAGGUUCUUGUUAACAUCUAUCAGCUUCCUAAGAGAAACGUUCAUGUUAUAGUCAACGGCGUUGACCAGACUAAGUUCGUGUACUCCCCUGAAACUGGAGCUAGGUUUAGGGCGAAACACGGUGUUCCUGUUGGUAAUGGGACGGUUAUUGUGAUGGGUGUGUCUGGACGUUUGGUGAGAGACAAAGGACAUCCACUUCUGUACGAAGCGAUUGCUUUGAUCGCUAAAACGCACCCUCAAGUGUACCUCCUUGUGGCUGGAUCUGGUCCUUGGGGGAAAAGAUACGCGGAGCUUGGUGAACACGUUAGGGUUUUAGGGUCUUUAGAGCCAGAAGAGCUCUCUGGUUUCUACAACGCUUUGGAUGUGUUUGUGAAUCCAACGUUGAGACCUCAAGGGCUUGAUUUGACGAUCAUUGAGGCAAUGCAGUGUGGGAAACCUGUUGUGGCGCCGAACUACCCGAGCAUUGUUGGGACGGUGGUUGUGGAUGAGCGUUUUGGGUAUACGUUUUCUCCAAACGUGAGGUCUCUUGUUGAGACGUUGGAUUCUGUUGUGAGAGAUGGGUCUAGGGUUUUGGAGAUGAAGGGGAAAGCUUGUAAGGAUUAUGCUCUUUCAAUGUUUACAGCUACUCAGAUGGCUUCAGCCUAUGAGAGAUUCUUUAUGUGUAUGACUAAUGAGAGGUUUUGUAGGUACCCUCUUCAUAUAGACAGUUGA